AUGGCCUACUACGGAGCUCCACCAGGCGCAUAUGGUGGUGGUCAACAGGCACAGUACGGCGCUCCUCCUGGCUUCGCACCACCCGGCGGCAUGCCGGCCAACUCACCCGGCGCAAUGCCGAAUCAAUUCCAACCUCCACCCAACAUGCCCGCCAACAUUAACUGGAACGCCUCCACCAUCCGUCUCGGCGUGGAUGGCCCACAAGCACGUGACGAUCGUGGAGGCGGACGAGGCGGGAGAGGCAGGGACGGCGACGGGAGAGGAAGACUAGGCUUGGGUGCAAGCAGAGAUGACCGAGAUAGAGGCGGACGAGAUGUCGAGAGGGAUAGGCAGGCAGUCAGGGAUAGUAUGCAGGCUACUCACCCACCCACUCGCGAGGAAGUCGCUCGGACCAUCUUUGUCGGAGGGUUGAAGGAAGGUGCGCCCGGGGAUGGUCAAAUCGAGGAGGUGCUGAGGUGUGCGGGCAAGUUACGACGCUGGACGAGGGCGAGAGACUCGGCCGAUCAGCUGUGUCGGUUUGGCUUCGCCGAGUACGAGGACGUGGAGUCGUUGGAGGCGGCCAACGCUAUUUAUAGUGAUGGGAUUGAGGUCCCGGUGAUAGAAAAGGGGGAAGUGGUCAAGAACGAUGAAGGUGAGGCGAAGAUGAUGAGACUGCUCGUGGUAGUGGACGAGCAGAGUCGGGACUACAUUAGUGAGUGGAAGGGGAAGCGCAAAGAAGAUGACGACGCUCGCCAGUUCCGACUGGAUGGGUGCAAAGAGGAUCUUCGACAGUGUCUGGCCGCCAUCACCAACGCUAACGCCUUCGUCGCCAAUGCUAUGGUCAUGCAUGGACAUGAUGCCAAUGGCGAUACCAACAUGACGAACGGUGACUCUUUCGCAAACCAAGAGGACAUUGUUACCAUUCCCGUAGCAUCCGAAGAUGAGCUCUCGGAUAUCCCUGCCGAGAUGCGCGCCACCGUGGCUGCCGAGAUCAAGAGAUUUCGUGAUCGUUCAGGCCGCAAGGAUUUCGAGCGCAUGGCAAGGGACGAGGGUACUGAGCACGCGCGCCAACGUUAUCGGAAUGGAGAUCCGGAUAAGCCCGUGGCAGAGUUGAACAGCAAUAUACCGCUUGGGCCACGAGGUCAGCAAGUCCCGUCUGGACCCAAAGGCUACCGAGGCGCUCAGCUCCCAUCUGAUUAUGCGAACGGCGUGGCUUUCGUCGGCGCCAACGGCUCCACAAACGGGCAACAACCUGCCGAAGACGAAGCCGAAGACGAUUCCGAGCCCGAUGAAGCGGUCGAGGAGCGCAAACAAAAGCUCAAGGAGGAUGUCUGGGAGGAGAAGUUCCAAAAUGCCGAGCGUCGCUACCAGGGUCGUGAAAAUUCGCGCGCCACAGCCCUGGCUCGAGAGCGCGAACGCGACGCUCGAGAGGCGAGGAAUCAGACGCAGGAGAAGAACGAUGUCAUGCGGCGUCUGGCGGAAUGGGAUGAUGCGAAGGAGGAGCGGAUGGGGAGGGAAGACUACUAUCUCGAUCGCUCGUCUUGGUUGCGCAAACGCGGCAAUUAUCGUCAGCAAGAGGAGUAUCGGGAUGCGAGUGAUCGCCAGGAAGAGAGAGAGGAGUUGGCUAUGAGACGAGAGGAGAGCAACGCCAUGGCUGACGACUUCCUCGACCGCACGGCUCAGGAUCUCGCGGCGCGCGCCGCCGGUGGCAGCGCUCAGGCGACUGCGGCUCCCGGCCUCAAGAUCUCCCUCGGCAACGUGGCAGCUCGACAACGCACUGCGCAAGCCACCGCGACCACCAUGACGAACAACAAACGCGGUGGCACCGCCCUAGCCGACGUCGAAGGUCUCCUCGAAGACGAAGAAGACGCCGCUCUAAACUCCACCUCCAAACGGCCCACCUUGAAACCCAUCUCCGCAGCCGACUACACCAACGUCCCCACCCGCGGCCAAGACCUCACGGACUCUGAACGCGCCGCCGCACGCCGGGACCUCGCGGCCGAAAUCCCGAAUAAUGUCGACGAACUCUUCGCCACGCCAUUGAAGUACGAGUUCCUGACGGAGAGGGUGCUGGAGGAGGAGAUCCGGCCGUAUUGUGGACGGUUGGUGGAGGGGUUUUUGGGGGUGAGGGAGGCGAUGUUGGUGGAGGCUGUUUUAGGGGGUUUGAGGGAGAGAAAAGGAGCGAGGGAGGUCGUGGGGGGGUUGGAGAUGGCGUUGGGGGAGGAGGCGGAGGUAUUGGUUAGGAAGGUUUGGCGGAUGGGGGUUUUUUGGGGGGAGGCGGGGGCGAGGGGGUUGGUUUGA